AUGUUUUGUAGAUGGACUCGCUGGCGUGAAGUGCAAUCGCAAGAAGUGCACCUCAUCGAGAACAGGUAUUGGAAACCUUCAUUGUCGUUUAACUCGUAAGAGAACAAAAAACAUCGAGGUGGCCAGCCAAUUGUUGAAUUACGCAUAUAUUCGACAGUAUUGUAACCCACUUACAGCUUUAAAUAGCUUACCGUGCGAACACAAUUUGCAUAAACUCAUGCUAAAAUACUUCAUUUGAAAACUUGACACCUCGCACAACCACCACCUAAUUAUAUAUAUUUAUUUAUAAUAAGCCUUAUAAUAAUUAAGCUUAUAAUAAAGCUGGAAACAAGAAAUGAAAAAGGAAGAAAGUAACAAUAAAACAUUCCAAUAUUUUUUCGGGCCGCAAAAUGAACAAGUAGUAAAAGUGGAGUAUUAUUAUUUGAUAAUCUUAAUUCACUUGUCCUUUUGAAUCAUUGACCUGUGUUAUUGCUUUGUUUUGAAAAUAAUAAAAAGUUUUCAUUAGAGCACAAGUGAAACUCAACAUUUAUUAUUAGUCGUGUUCCUGGCCAGGUAUUGAUAGAAACGCUUUUCUACCAUAAGUUAGUAGCCUAAUUCAAAAGGACCAGCAACAGUGUGCAGCAGAGUUCUUUCAAGAAUUUUGCAGGGUACUUGGACACACUGCAAACCGGUACAAGAGUCAAAAUUUAAUUCCUGCAAACUGCAACCUUGCCUUUCUGCGAUCCUUUUUGUUUGAACUGAGGAGUGAAGUAAUGUGUUCAUCAUGUAGCAGUGUCACUUCUGCCACUACAAUGGAAACUAUUCUCCCACUACAUAUCACAGAGGUAUGAGUAAAUGUUAUGAAUAAUUAUAACUUUUUUCAUUUUACACGUCUGAAGACAGUCCCAAAAAAACAUACCUAAGUACACAAAAAAAUUAGUACCAGGCAGACCACAAUAAAAGUCAUUGAUCAUGAUUUUGCUACUUCAACAAAAUAUAAUAAUUAUUUAAAUUAAAAAAGUUGAAUGUCGAAUGUUGACACAAACCUGACAACAGGAAAAUGUAACUUAGGAACCCCAUUUAAAUACCAUGUGAUCCUUUUUGACGCCAGAGCAGUGGUCAGAGCAGUGCUCAAUCUUUUGCUUCCUGGAAAGCGGCUGGAUACGAUAAUAUUCCAAUGUCUAUAAUUAAGGAAUCCAUUCAAAUCAUUUCGGGACCUCUGGCUCACAUUAUGAAUUUAUCGAUCGCUCAUGGCGUUGUACCAGAUCAAAUGAAAAUAGCUCGUGUGGUACCACUGUUUAAAGCUGAUGACCAGUCACUAUUCACCAACUAUAGGCCUGUCUCGGUUCUACCAAGCUUUUCAAAAUUUCUAGAGAGAAUCAUCUAUAAUCGUUUGUAUGAUUAUUUAACUAAUUUACAUAUUCUCUGUGAUAACCAGUUCGGCUUCAGGAAAAACCACUCUACGACGCUUGCCUUGAUUGAUUUGCAUGAAAAAGUUUUUUCUGCUAUUGAUCGUGGUGAAUUAGCGGUUGGUGUCUUCUUAGAUCUCUCGAAAGCUUUCGAUACAGUCAAUCAUUCCAUCUUAUUUGAUAAACUUGAACGCUAUGGUAUACGUGGCUUGGCUCUGAAAUGGAUUAAGAGCUAUUUUUCCAACAGACUUCAAUUUGUAGAAUACAAUGGUUAUGUUUCGUAUCGUGCUAAUAUCAUGUGUGGCGUUCGCCAAGGUUCAAUACUAGGGCCUUUGUUUUUUCUGCUCUACAUCAACGAUAUAAUCAACACGUCAACAAUAUUACAACUGAUAUUAUUUGCCGAUGAUACAAACGUAUUUGUGUCUCACAAGGAUAAAGACUGCCUUACUAAUAUACUGAACGCUGAACUAAAUAAGUUGUCAAUAUGGUUUAGAGCUAACAGGCUUUCAUUAAACUUGAAAAAAACCAAAUUCAUUGCAUUUAAACCAUCCCAAAAGCGUACAGAUCAAACUAUUCAACUUUUAAUUAAUAGUCAAAAAAUUGAUCAAGUAAAAGAAACAGUUUUCCUGGGAGUAAUCAUGGAUGAAAAUUUAAAUUGGAAAUCUGAAAUCUCACAUGUCGCCAAUAAAGUUUCUAAAUGUACAGGAAUUAUUAAUUGGUAAAUCCAGUUUCUAUUUAUCCACGAAAACCUUACGAACACUAUAUUUUUCUCUAGUCUAUCCAUACCUUUUUUACUGCAACUUAGUUUGGGCCUCUACUUACAGAACUAACCUUAUUCGUCUUGAGAUUUUACAGAAACGAGUGAUCAGAACUAUAGCUAAAACCACUUUCGAUGCACAUACUGAUCCAAUCUUUCAAAAUCUUGGUAUCUUAAAAUUUCAUGAUAUAUACUUAAUACAACUAGCCUUAUUCAUGUACUCCUAUCAAAACAAUACUCUACCUUUAAAAUUUCAUUGUAAAUUUACCUUACAAAGUCAAAUUCAUUCGUAUAAUACAAGAAACUCGUGUAAAUUUCUUCUGCCUUUCUGUCGUACUCGAACCAAGCAAUUUUCCGUUUUUUAUCAAGGACCUAAAUUUUACAACACCUUAAGAACAGCUGUCUGUAAGAUUCGAGCUAUAUUAAAAAGGCGCUGCCACACUAUGUCACCGAAUUGGCUAAAAAUUGGCAUGUAGACUUGAUUUGAGGUCUUUAAUAAGGAAUAGGUAAUUUUAGGUUCUAAUUCCUCCUACUUCGGAAAUUAUCGACAUGGCCGGUUUUUGGGUGCCUCGGACCGGCGCCAUAUUGGUUAAUAGAAGCUGCUCUUGAGCCUUCGACUACAACCCUGUCUUCAAAGCUAAUCUUCCUUUGCCAAUAAAGAUUGAAAGAACAAUCCCUCUUUAUUGUAUUUUUAGAAACUACUUCGAAAUUGAUAAAGUUUUCGCAACGAUCAAUUAAACUUUUGGUGGGUAUACUUUUUGAAUUUUUUACACCCGCAAAAUUAACAGAAUUUUAAAGGCGUAUAUCUCUUUUGCCACAUCGCAUUGAAGCUUGCCAAUCUUCCUGAAUACUCACUGUUUGUAGUUAAAUCGAGUUCAUUAAUAAAAAAAUUGGGCAAAUUUAACGGAGCAGAAACAAAAGUAAUGAAUAGAAGACUGUUCUAGCGACUUUGUCAAUAAUCUGUACACCGAAUACUCGCCAGGUGUUGCCAAAAUUACAAUCGAUAAUAGAGUUUCUGUCAUUAAAUCUGAGUGAUCUGUGUAAUAAAAUUAGCCUCUGUAAUAUAAUCGAUAACUCUGCUGCGAAAAACAGUAUAAAAAAAGGCAGAUUGUAUAAGGAAAAGGAAAAUGAAUUUGUUAUGUUUAUGCUAUGACGCGUAAACAAAAUUGAACCAUCACAGUCGAACUGGAAUUUUCCUGAUUUUCCUCCAGUUCCCUUACCAAAACCAGAGCUUUUAAAAUUAACCAUAGUAAUGAAAAUUGAGAUGUAUUACCUUACUCGACGACAAAGUUGCCAGUUUCCACCUUGAUCGAAAAAAAGUAAUAUUUUCCCACGCAUAUCGCGGGUCGUCAGGUUCCUUGCCUGGCGUUACAACUCACUUGAAACCGCCUGGUUUCAAACAACUGAACUGAAGAAUCCGUGAAAAUCUUAGCCAGGCAAUAAAUAAUGGAAGUUGAUAUAAGUUAUCAUUAUUAGUGAGCGAGGAUCGAUGCGAUGAUAGUUCCAGCUACAUGUGUUUACAGCGUUGGAAGAUUUACUCAAAACUCAUGAGACAUGAGCCCUUGAAAUAAACAUCAUUACAUCCGGUUUUAAAAAUUGGUCGUUGGCAAAGUAAUGAAUAGACUCAUUCUACCUUGUACACAAUUAACAACGGUUCCGUGUACAAUUUUCCGGUAUUUUGUCUCAAUCACGAAGCCCGUUUUGAGGAGAUUCUUGAUAAACAGAAAAAUUGGUUUGGAAGGGGUUAAGAAGAAUGAGGGAUGAGCCCGGGACAGCAAAAACCACAGUCACCCCACCGAAGGGCUUUAAAACUGUGCGCAAAUGCUUCACCCUAGGGACAAUUCCAGAUUUUUGUUUCCUUGAAAAAGCUUAAAAUCGCUAGACAAUGCAUGGACAACUCAAGACAGUCCUUAUUCAAAAUAAAGUAAACAGCAAAGAAAAUUCAGUUAGAGACCAGAGUGUUUAUCCGAUAUCGCGAACAGUAAGGAGUGAUUGAAGAUGUGUCUGCAGUUUAAGGUAAAAUCAUUUACCAUGCUCACGGACCUUUCGACAACAUAAGUGUACCGAUUGACGUAAUAUCAGUGGUAAAAAACGAACGCUUUUUACUGUAGGACGAUGACGUCAUCAUACAAAAGGCGUCUUCACUCUGGCAUCCAGAAUUUCAAACAGUCAAAAAACCUAAUUUUCUCUGCUCGUCAAAUGAAAAACGCCUCUGAGGGCAAGUAGUGGUAAUGUGCUUGUUAGUAAGACGUCCAACAUAAGGAGACAUUCAUAAUCAACUCGGUUAAUGCAUUGAUAAAGGGAAACUUUCUCCUUUACCCUUAGGGACAGAGUUCAAAGGCGCAAAAGAUUUUUAGUUCAGCUCUAGCAUGUGUUGUCUAGCGAUUUGCCUUGGGCUUCUCUAAAUUUUCCAGAUCAAACAAGCUGUGCCCAUCGUACAUAAUCUUGUCUGGGCUCCCUUGAAAAAUUGCAAUUCAUCAGAUGCCUUCAAGUUCAUCCUCCGCCGCGACAACUUCGUGAUCUAUUUUAAUGGGUGGUUUUCUGGAACUAUCCUAUGGCUUGUCCUUUCUGGUCGUCACUAUAGUAGCGAACAUGUUUCAAUUUCUCUCCAGCAAAAGUCUCUAUCAGGAGCGUAGCCAGGACUUUCCAGGUGUGCGGAAAAUUUCCAAAACUUACCCUAACAUCUUACUCAGUUCUCUCGCAACGUUUCCCCACUACAUUUGCUAAUUCUGUUAACUAGGUGAGGUUAUGCGUGGAUGAAAUGGCACUUGCAAUCGGUGAGAAAAUUAGGUUAGACACUUUACCCUCAAGGACGACUCUCACGUUUUGCUGAUACUUUCUACCUUAGAAGAGAUCAGUGAAGCUUUGCCUUCCCCACUCCGUGUAAAAAAAUGUCGUUCGGCUGUUCAAACUACUUUUAGAAAACAACAAACUUCCCAACUUUAAUUUUUAAUAAAGGUAUAGGGGUAGGAAUCCAAAUUGUUUUGGAGUAUUUCACUGAUUUUAACACGAUGAUUGUAAAGUAGUGUCUAGUGAGUACAGGGGCUAAUGCCCCAUCGUAAAAAUCUGAAAUUGAAAACAAAAAUCUUGUAUAACCGAGUAGUACACAAUUUUAGUUAUUUUAUUGAGUUGUGCAAAAUCACAAAUUUGUUUCUUCUUGAAUGUGUUAUACUCUCAUCCAUUCAGUCUUUCCGAUAUGCCCGUCGGAUAGCAGAAGUUAACGUAAAUGAUCGAUUACCUGAAAAGAAGCUACCAUCCUAACUUUCCACCUUCGGGUCUUUUCCCUAGCCAUAAUUUUUUUCCCUCAAGGAAUUUUUCUCUGUUUUACAUAAUAACUGGUCUUGAAUUCAGCUUAUCGAUUUUGAGAGCCUAGUCCUAUGCCGUAUUCUGAUGCGAUCUACUAUAUGUAGCUUUCCCCCCAUCUAACAGCUCCUUACUGAACAAAAACGGCUUUAAUUGAGUCUAUCCAAAGAACUAGCCAAUAUUUUUCCAGCGGUAAGCACAAUGUUCCUAAUUCCCCCUAGUCCCCUUUUUAGACGCUUUCAUGUGCAUCAGGUGUUAAAUUUUCUUUUCAUAAGCUACAAUGCUCAUAAUCACGCAUUCUGAUGUCAUUUAUGCUUAAAAAAUUAAAAAUUAGUUUAUCGAAGAAAGAGUAAAUUAAAGGUGUCAUGAGGCGUUUGUGAUUUCAUGAACUAUUUGACGCGGUCCUUUUCUUACGGCUUAUGUCCGUUGGUGAAAUCGCUACUUGGGUUUUCUUGGAUUGAAAAGGGCGGGCUCUUUCUAAACGUGGCGUUGUUUAUGGGACCUUAGUAUUCAGAACAGAAUCAGUCGAUGGCAAACAACAAAAAGGCUUUUAUGUGGUAAGUUACAGUGAUGAACCUUGCCUCGAGAUGGCCAUAUUUUUGUACAUACCUUCAUGCAAUUCAGUGUUGGUCUGAAAAUUUUUUGUUAUGGAUGGGGGGAGAGAUCAGAACAUGCAUCUCGUGUUGUUUACGAGACAUUAAAGUAAUGAAAACUGUUAAACAGUCUUCUACAAAUCAAAAUAGUUGCAAAUGCUUACGGGAGGCCCUAACUAUAUGAUGAUAAGAAGGGCUAUAUUUGGAAAGGUGCAUGGUCGUGGAGUUAAGGAGAUUUGACUAAUCAACCAAUUUCCCGCUAAACAUAAGGGCGUGGCCAGUGGCCCCAAAAUUGUGUUCGCUCGCCCCGGGCUGGCUCGACUUUUGGGAUACGGUUAUGGGGUUAUAAACAAUGAGUUCAUCAUCUAUAUAGCCUACUCGCCCCAAGUGACUGCAUUUCGCUUUUCAGAGACCCAUCAGUUACUGUAUGACCUUCUCCGAUCAGAUUUUAUGUCCGUGGUACUGGUGGUGAGGUCAGUCUACAAGCAGAGUCGUGAAAAACACCGCCACUUGAGCCUUUACGUUCAAAACAUUCCUGGCUAUCGGGAAAAAAAGGAGCUUUUAAAAAUACUAAAUAAAAUGUCAUUUCAAAUAUCACUUUGUCACCGUUCGAAAAUUAUUGUGAAUCAGACCGAAUGAAAGUUCACUCAAAGAGGGGGAGGGGGGAGGGGGGUUGGUAGUUCUUAACAGUUCCAGUUAGCUAGAAAAUUAAAAGUUACGAAAAAAUAGUGGGCGAACUGCAGAAUACAUGCAAGAAUGAGAAAGAAAAUAGAAAACAACUUCCUGUUCAAAUUCGGGUGAAACGUUUAAUAACGUCAAGAAGACUGAACUUGAUUGAGGUUGUUCAUUUCAGUUCCGUUCCAGCGUGCAGUUCCUUGUCCUCCUAAAAAUAGCUUCGUCUCCCACCGAUCAUUCCAUGUCAUAUUUUGCGGACUUAUUAUUCAGUAAUGACGGUACGAUCAGGUAAUUUGACUUGAUGAGUUCUAUAAUUUCAUUUCAUGUACUAGUUUUAUAUCUUACGCAGGAAAGAUCUGCCAAACAGUGUACAUUAGCAAAGGUAGGUUCCUGUUUACACGUGUAAUUAUCGAAUACCAUACAAUUUGCAUAAAGCUACAGUGCAAGGUUGGUUUUUCUAGCCUUUUGAUUAAAAUUGACAACGUUUGCGUUAUCUUUGCCUAAGAAAAUAUGUAAUUUGUAGCUGUAUACAGCGAAAUACUACAGAGAAAAUUGUAACUGUGCAGUACACGAGCGGCUCCCGAUUGGUCUGAGGAAUUGAAGAGCGAACUUGAGCUAGUACCGUGUGUAACAAAAUUUAUAAUUUUCAUUUUAGCGCAUAUUUCAAGCUCUUCGCAAGAUCAGAAUCAAAAGAUCAUCUGUUUACAUUACAAGGGAGGGUUUUUUAAGCGAUAGAUAGGGUUUAAGAGGCACGAUCAAUUUUUAAAGAAUUUUCUUUUCAAAUAUUCACCGAAUUUUGUUUUGAAGUUUUAGCGGCCAAGUGGCUGAACCACUGCGCAUUCAUGCAAUCAUAUUUCUGUUCCGUUGCAUUUGCCCAAUUAUUUUAUUCAAAAAUCUAACUUAGCUAUAAACAAACUAUGUUUAGUUAAAAUGGCUUAGUCUAAAUCGAUGUGGCAUGGGUGAUAUUGGCCUUCCAAUUUCUACCAAAUUUGUGUACCGUUUAAGUACCGAAAAAGUGCUAUGAGAAGUUAUAGCCGUUCGUAGCUCAGGCUUAACCAUUUUCAGAUAAGAGUAGGUAAAUGAAAGGAGGAAGGAUAGUUCUUUGCAACUGUAUGAGUCACGAUUAAGUUAUUUUCAUGAUAAGGCUAGAAAUAAUUACUGUAAAUCUCCUUCAGUUCACCAACAUGGCGGCCGCUCGAGGCCUCGUCAAAACUGUCAUUCCUGUAUCUUUGAAACCAACGAGAAUUCGAACCUUAGAAUAUGCAUUCAGUAUUUAGGACACCAUUCUAAGACUACAUGCCAAAAAUCAGCCAAAUCGAUGAGGUACCGUGUCAGGCCUAAGUUCGAAUUUUACAGAAAAUCACUGUUAAACACCAACAUCAUCAACGCUUCCUCACCUUUCUCCUUUAAAAGAGCACUUAAGGCAUUUAUUUGUAAUAAUUAUUAGUAUACUUUGUAAACUUCCGUAAUAUUGAUUAGUUUAAUUAUUCACCUGAUGUUACAUUGUACCCGUCGCCGUAAUUUUUAUGCCAUCUUCGAAAAAUUGUAAUCGAGGAGGCCUAAUUAACAUAAGCUCUAUAGUUUCUUUUGGGCCUCCUCGCCAUCUCUUCCUACAUUUUUUUUUUUUUUUUUUUUUUUUUUUUGGCAUCUUUAAGUAAUUAUUGUAAUUGUGUUGGCAAAUAAAUAAAAUACCUAAAUACCUAAAUACCUCUAUCAUUGUGCAUUCAGAUUGUAAGAUUUCUAAAUGAUGGUAAAAAAGCUUGGCAACUUGAUAGAUUACAAGGAGAAAGUUUUUUUUUUCCGGAACACCAUAACUCUUCAGACAAAGGAAACACAGCAACUGAUGUCUCAUAUCAACUGAAAGCUGUCAUUGUCCAUGAAGGCACCAAGAUUUCCUCUGGUCAUUACAUUUGUUACUUCAAAAGAGGAGACCAGUGGUAU